AUGCCUACUAGCAACUCAUAUAGGGAAGUCCCAAUGUCACAAAUGGACCAAUCCCACUAUAUUCGCACGCAAGAAUACACAUCUACCCCGCGGUAUCCGAGCACCAGCUCCCCCGCGUUAAGCAACUUCUACGGAUCCAGCGGCGCGGGGGAGACAGACACAGUAAUCGUGGACACAAAGUCGCUAGACCGAUCAACGCACGAAUUCGCCGAAGGCGAGUUCGUCUGCACGAACUUCUUCAACCGCGUCAAUCUAGGCGGGUUCACGCGCCGCUUCAACUCCCUCCAAUGGAGCUACGAAAUGCGCCGGCAGGCGCAGUCCAUUCUGCCUUUCUUAUCUCUGGGUCCUUCUUCGUGUUUACGGGACCGCGAUUACAUCCGCAGUCAGGGAUUCACGUUACUUCUCGCUAUCCGGAAUAAGCAUUCGGCCCAGGCGCGUCUUGUUUCUGGUGAUAAGGCUGCUGCAGAGGUAGGCAUCAUGGCGGAUACGAUUGACGUGCUCGAUAAUCAAGAGUUGAUCUCUGCUUUUCCACGUGCUAUCCGCCGCAUCAAUGAUCACCUCGCUGGCACAGAUACGGAUCCUAACUCCAUGGCCUCAGAAGACCAUCAUAAGAGGAAGGUAUUGGUGUUCUGUGAAUCGGGGAAUGAACGUUCAGCCGGUGUUGUCAUCGCCUACAUCAUGGUCAUGCUCAAUGUCGACGUUGUCGAAGCUAUCCACAUGAUCCAGCAGCGUCGGUUCUGUUCUUCGAUCGAGGAUCCGAUGAAGCGUAUCCUGGAGGCCUUUGGCUCGAUUUUAUCUGCGAAGCGUGAUGUCGAGCGGUCUAGGCAUGUUGCUGCUCCGCGUGGAGCUGCAACUCUGGCGCCUCCGUCUCCGCCGCAGGUUCUUACGAAGAAGAGGAGUUUCCAGGAUCAUAGAGAUGAUGGCCUUGCUCUUGGGGAUGGGGAGAUGGAUGUUGAUCAGGAGGAUGCUUGGUUUUCUGAGCGGAAGCCGAAUGCUCCAUUCCAAGACCGCAUUGUGUGA